AUGAAGAAAAUCGACAAAGCUUUGACUGGAAGAUUUCAGUAUAAAGAUGUAGAAUUAAAAUGGGUUUUACAAAGUCUACACUGUCACUAUAGAGAAUUUUGGAAGAUUAGUCUUGACCUAUAUAAAGACGAGUUUAAGGAGGAUUGUGAAACCUUGAUGAAUGAAGGUGAAUUUCAUAGUGACGAAAUUUCUAAAACUGAUGAGAAACUAACAAAAAAAGAAAUCGAAGAACAUAUUUGGCCCAAAAAUAAAAAUGAAUCAUACCAUUCUGAUGACAAUAAUGAUCAACAGCCAAAUGAAGAUAUUAAUAAGGAUAAGGGAUAA